UCUAUUUCCGCUCUGUGCUCCUGUUUCUUAGCAACAGCGGACGCUCUGAGCCAGCUGGCUUGUGUUGCUAGGCUAGCUGGGGUUAGCUCGGUUAGCUAGCUCGGUUAGCUCUAGACAUGGAUGAGGACGACCUGGACCUGGACGAGCUGCUGGAUGAAGUGGAACAAAAGUUCUGUCGCAACGUUUCUGUCGCAUCUUCGGCUCGCGAGGACCCGAGCGAGGCUGGAAAACGCGGGAAAGACAACGAAGGACGGAGACAACACAGUGCCACUAAACCUGAACAGCCGAUAAGCAGCGUCUCUGACGAUAUCGACGACCUUCUGGAAGAAUUAUUCGAGGAAGACGACACAGAUUCCCCUCAACUAAAGACUGAACAGUCUUCUAAAGGAGCACAAGUGGAGAGGAAGCUGUCGUCUCAGUCUGGAGGGAGGAAGUGCUGUCCUGUGUUCGUUGGCGGGAGCUCUGUCACUAACGGCGUAGGAACAGCCACAUCCAAGAGGUCAUGUGACCAGUUGAGGUGUACUUCCUGUGACUUCCGGGUGCUGAUGUUUGAUGACUGUGAGUGGGACUCGUCCUGUGAUUACCUGUUCCUCAGGAACAACAUGCCGGACCGUCAGAAGCUCCGAGCCAAGCUGAAGAAGAGGAGAGGUUUGAGGGCGUACGCCUGCCAGUGUAGCUGGUUCUCCACGUCAGAGCCGACAGACCUCCGAGACCAAGCUCAGCUCAGAUGGGUCUGUGGCAAACAUCUGGACUGAUGUUCAGUCAACUCUAGAUAACAGAAAGGUUACGGACAGAGAAACUUCUGCUGCUUUCUGUCUUUUCCUAUGUCCACUCAACUUUAGCAACCUUUCAGAGACGACGUCCAUCUUCAGACAGAAACAUUUCCAAAGGGUUCCCUUGACCUCUGACCUCCAGAUUAUGUGAAUGAAAAUGGGUUCUAUCCCACGAGUCUCCUCUUUACAGACAUGCCCACUUUAUGAUAAUCAUGUACAGUUUGGGGCAAGUCAUAGU